AUGGCAAAGUUUAUUUCAAAUUCUCAUUCAUUUUUGUAUUUAGAUCAAUCAAAACGACGAAUGGUUGGAUUAACUAAAUGGAUUGCGCAGAAACAACAUGAACAAUUAAGCAGUAAAUCAAACGAAGUGGAAUUAGCUCAUCUUUAUUAUUUACCAAAAGCUCAUAAACCUGGCACUCCACUUUGUCCAAUUAUUUCUGAUCUCAAGCAUUCAACUAUAAAAAUAUCAAAGUUUCUUGAUGAAUUACUUCGACCACUAUUUAAUAAAAUGGCAUCAAAUACAAGUGUUACUUCUGGAACUGAAUUUAUUGAACAGUUACAUCAAUGA